AUGUUCUCAGUCAAGCCCCGAGUCAGGCUUCUGCAAAAGGCCCUCCCAGACACUGGAGGUGUGAGAGUGACGUGCCUGGCUACUGGUUUCUACCCGCGCCACAUCAACCUGACCCUGCUGAGAGACGGCCAGCCUGUGGCUGAGCAGCAGAUCAGUGGGGGGGAGCUGCUACCUAACGGAGAUGGAAGCUACCAGAUGAGGAAGAGCCUGGAGGUCAGCACAGAGGAGCUGCAGCACCACCAGUACACCUGCACAGCUCAACACCUCAGCCUGGACAACAAGAUGGACAUACCACUAGGGCCCCGCCUGCUUAGAUUGAUUCACAUGAGGAGGGCGCAUAUCCUGCCGAUGGAUAAGGCAGAGGGGCAAGAGCCUACCCCCCCUUCACAGGACGGGGACCAACUGGUGACGGUGGCUGGAGGUGGUGGCAUCCGCGCAGGGUAA